AUGUCAAUUGAUGCCGAUGCAAGUAUGGCGGACCUGAGCGAUACAAACUCGCACGAGAUGACAGAGAAUCAUGUUAACAAGCGGUGCAAUAAUCAGUGGGUGCGCUUGAAUGUCGGCGGGACGUACUUUCUGACGGCCAAGACAACUCUGGCGAGAGACCCCAACUCGUUUCUAUACCGGCUCUGUCAGGAGGACUCGGAUCUUAUUUCGGACAGGGACGAAACGGGAGCGUACCUGAUAGACCGCGAUCCCACGUACUUUAGCCCAGUAUUAAAUUAUCUACGUCACGGCAAGCUGGUCAUAAAUAAGGAUCUAACGGAAGAGGGUGUGCUGGAGGAAGCUGAGUUUUAUAACAUCACCGAACUCAUUCGGUUAGUCAAAGAAAGAAUCAUAUUGAGGGACACUAGACCACAGAGGGAUUCCAAAAAGCACGUUUAUAGAGUUCUCCAGUGUCACGAGGAUGAGUUGACGCAAAUGGUAUCCACGAUGUCGGAUGGAUGGAGAUUUGAACAGCUAAUCAACAUAGGUUCUCAAUAUAACUAUGGUAAUGACGAUCAUGCUGAAUUUCUGUGUGUUGUAAGCCGGGAAUACGGAGCUAGUCAGCUCAGCAGUAAGGAAGAGGAGUCUACAGAUCGUGUCAAGGUACCGCUAUCCUAUUCGACUGUUUCCCAUCCUUAUUUGAGCCAAAGUAGUCACGGCUAAUGCGACUAUUUUAUGUUUUUGUUACAUCCUAAACUAGUAUAUCGUAAUCAUAGGUUUAUUAAUCGAGUUUCAAUUUAUAUUCUUACUAAAUAUCUUUACUGUUUAAGUGAAAAUUAUAUGUCCUCUAAAUAAUCUGUGUCGGUAUUGUUACCUUCCAUGUUGGGUUGCAUGAGAUAUUCAUUGAAGCGAUAAAUGUCUAACUACUUCUUCAGCUGGGAACACAAGUGCUUUCCUGUUUGGAAGGAAGGAUUGGAUUACAAUGAAAUUUCCAAGCACUUCACUGUGUCAUAAGUGGAAGAAAAUUAUUCCCAAAUCUAUUUUUGCAAUCCAACAUUGAUUUUCUUGAUUUCUAACAUUAUCGUAAAAUCAAAUAACAUCUUUUCUCAAUUUUUACACGAAUAAAUUAAACAGUAUUAUUUUUGGUAUUAACAAUUUGCCUAAACUGACUGAUAUACACAGUUCUGGAUUGGGUAGAAAACCAAAGAUAAGCUUUAUUGCUAUGUGUAUAAUAUAAAGAAUAAGAUACACACAUUUACAUUAAGGGAUAAAGUUUUACUUUACAUCUUAUCAAUCACGCUUGAUUUAGCAAUAUAUGUCUAUCUACAUUUUUCUACAAUACCUUUGACAAUUGCUUAAAAUUAUUUCGCUUAAUCAUUUUGA